GAGAGGGAUCCCUUGUAGACACGAACAUGAAUUACUGCUAAGCGGGACUUUUAACUUCUACCGCGGCUAAAUAUCAUGGACAGCUUUGAGUCCUCUGCAGACAAUUCAAGUUUAACACACCUCGGUUAAUUUGACAGGCUAAUAAAGAGUUUGUUGUGGACACAGUGUCACUGUCUGUAGCAGCUAAUGGCUGCUGGAGAGCUCUGUCUAAUCGAUAAGGAUAUUUCAAGUCUACUAGAGGUCCCACUGAACCCCAGCAUUUCAUCGCUGAAUCUUCACUGUAAUCGCCUUUCUAAGAUUGAGGGCUUGACCACAGCAUGGCACAUUCGACAUCUGGACCUGUCAUCCAAUCAGAUCUGUCGUAUAGAGGGAUUAGCUUCACUGUCCUCACUGCGUACAUUAAACCUGUCUUGCAACUUAAUCACCAAGGUGGAAGGGCUAAAUGGACUAACAAACCUCACAAGACUAAAUUUGGCCUACAAUCAAAUAAAUGACCUAACGGGCCUCUUAUAUCUUCAUGGAGCUGAGUACAAACUAAAACACCUGCAGCUCCACAGCAAUCACUUGGAUAGUAUGAACCAUCUGCUGCAGUGCUUGUUGGGUCUGCAGAAUUUAAAAGAUGUUACUCUUUGCAAGGACGGCACACAGAAUCCAGUCUGCUCAUUGCCAGGCUACAGGGAGAUAGUUCUGCAAUCUCUGCAUCAAGUCAUUACAUUAGAUGGAGUAGAUCGCCUGGGAAAUGCAUUUGCUUUAGCAGAGGACAGUCCCAUGGAUGUUCCUGGUCUUGAGGAUUUUCUCGAGUUUCUAAUUUCAUCAGACACUGGUGCUAAUGGAGAACUGGCAAAGUCAGAUGCUACUCUCACUACUCCACGGAUUGAUGAGGUAUUGACCAAGUUUCGACAGCGAGUUGGAAAAUCAACCACAGAAAAUCAAGAAAAUGAGCUGCGUAUUAAAAAGCUAGAGCAGCAGGUUUCCCACCUCUUUAAAAAGGUCCCAACAGGGGGUGGCUUUAACACAAGCUCUGCUUUACCUUCUGUGGUACGUAAAGCUAAGAGAGACAUUGAUCAGACAUCGGAGAGUGAAUGUGACAGUGGAAAAGAGAGCCAACAGCGUUCUAGAAUCCCUACUUAUCCCAGAGGAGCUGCGGGGAAAAAGAUGACUAAGGACACCAAACCCAAACAGUCUGACUGUGUAACAGACACACAGAAGAAGAGGUCCUCAAAGCAGGCUGUUGGCCCCCGUAGGAGGGCAUCAGUCCAGAGCACUGGGUCUGUGGAAACAGUAGAUUCUGUUAAAAAGGCCCCCCAAACAGUCAGAGCAAGUCCUAAAAAACCCUCAACUCAGUCUCAAGAGGAAACCUACAGGGCAAUAGUAGAAGAGCGAGACCAGGAACGGGAGCGACGCUGGAAAGCAGAGCAGGCUAUGAAGAGGCUUGCUGGAGAGGUUAAAAGCCUACAGACUCAAGCUAGUGAGGAGAAGGAUCUUCAGAGUUUGGCCUUACACACCACAGACAGGCUGAAGGAGUUGUUGUUAAAAGAGCGCUCAGAUCGAGCAGGAUUGCAGACACGUGUGCAGGAAUUGGAGGAGAGAUACAGGUCUAUGUUAGAGCAGCUGGAGCAGGCACACAACCGGGAGGAGCAACACAAGAGGGCACUGCGCAGCCUGGAAGACAGCAUGAGCCAGGCAGAGGCUCACAGGGUACAACAGCAUGCAGAAGAGAUGAAAAGGACUCAGGAGUUGGAGAAAAAGGCAUCUGCCUUUAAAAGGGAAGUUGAAAUACUCAGAGCAUCAGCACGGCAGCACACAGAGAAGCUACAGCAGUUGCAUGAGUUGCUGGCCUCCAGGGAGGAGAUGCACAGGAAAGAGCUUGCGUCGCGGCUGCUUCCUGGUGGGACUGAGUUUAAGGAGGCUGUAACCAAAGAGGUGGAGGCUGCAGAGAAGAGAUUUACCCAGAAACAGGCUGAUAUGGAGCAGAAGAUUGCUGAUGCUCGAAAUCAGUAUGCCUCUCUUGAGGAUGAAUUUCGCAUAGCUCUCACUAUUGAGGCAAAGCGUUUCUCAGAGGUAAAAGAGGGGUUUGAUCAAGUGUCCGCCGAACUCCUAGAAGUCAAGUCAAGCCUCAGCCAGUCGCAGCAGAAAGAGAAGCAGUCAGCUUCUCUGGUGCAGGAGCUCACAGCCAUGGUGAAGGAGCAGAAAACUCGAAUAGCUGAGCUCCUCAAAGCCAAACGAGAAGCCAGCACUGAGUUUAAGUCCCGUGUGCAGUCAUUGGAAUCCAGGCUAGAGGAGGAUAAGUGCCUCAACCUACAGGUGGAGCUACUGAAGAGGGACAAGUCCAAGCUGCUCUCCCAGCUUACUGCUCAAGAGUCUGUCAUAGAUGGGCUACGGGCAGAGAGGAAGAUCUGGGGCCAGGAGCUUGCACAGCAAGGUGCAUCCUUAUCACAGGACCGUGGUCGACUAGAGGCCAGAAUUGAGGUUUUGUUAAAUGAACUGGAAUCGCAGAAGAAACGGAAUGAGAGAGACAAUGACACUCUUAGGAUUAAAGCCAAGAUUGUUGAUGAUCAGACAGAGACUAUUCGCAAAUUAAAAGAGGCACUGCUGGAGCGAGAUGAGCAGAUCCGUAAACUUCGUGAGGAGAGUGUGCAGGCCCAGCGAAAGUUUAAGCAGCAGCUGGAGGAGGAAUCAGCUUCUGCAGGGGAGCUCAGAGACACAGUGGAGCAACUUAGUCUCAGGAAGGAGGAGCUGAAACAACAGCUACUUGAUAAUGAGGCGGAGCUUAAUGAGGUCAAAGAGACCUACAGGGCUUCAAGUAAGAAAUGGCAGGAAAAGGCAGAGCUAUUGAACAGGCUUGAGAGCCAGGUGAAGCGGAUGAAGGAUGGUUUUGAUUCCAAGGAGAGAGCUCUCAUUGAAGAACGGGACAAAGCUUCACUGGCACACAGAGCGGCAGUGGAGAAGCUUCACUGUGUGGACGAUGCCUUCCGUAGACAACUGGAGUCUCUGCAGGCUUCCCAUCAGGCUGAAUUGCUUAGUCUUGCAAAUGACAAACAGAAACAGAUAGAGAAAGCCAAUCAGAAGGUGCUCCAGGUGGAAGAGGAAAUGCGACAGCUGCUUGAGGAAACUGAGAGUAAUAAAAAGGUAAUGCAGGAGAAAAUGAGACGUCUAACACAGGUGCUGAAAGACUUCUAACCUAUAGUGGAAAUAUAUAUAUAUAUAUAUAUAUAUAUAUAUAUAUAUAUAUAUAUAUAUAUAUAUAUAUAUAUAUAUAUAUAUAUAUAUAUAUACUAUAGUUUUGGUAACCCAUGCAACCGUUCUCAUUCUGGCAGCCAACAUGAACAAACCAUGAAAUUAUUGUACUACUGAGUGUCCAGCCUACUGCAUUUAACUUUUUUUUAAUUUUUUUUUUUUUAGCUUAAUGUCUCAAAUGACAAAAAUACAAAAUGGCCUUUACUGUGAAACCUGUUUUAUUAGUACAUUUUGAAAUAUUCAUAAUUUGUACAAAUGAUGACAUCAUGUAAAGCAGUUUUAUGUACAAUUUCCCUUUGCUGUUUUUCCUUUACAUUUUAUAAUUAAAUUCAUAAACUCGUCA